AUGGAGAACCAAGCGUUCAGUGGUGUGCCGGAGAGCGGACAGCCUGAUAGCCGCUCGGUAGCGUCGUGCAUGAACUCCAACACCACACUGGAAACGGAAAGUGACACGAAAACGAGCACGACCACGACACGUGACAAAUGGGGUCGCGAUAUCGAGUUCAUGCUUUCCUGCAUUGCGUAUUCCGUUGGGUUCGGCAACAUCUGGAAAUUCCCGUACACGGCGCUGAAGCAUGGUGGGGGAGCUUUUUUGCUUCCUUACCUUAUCGUGCUGUUCAUCGUCGGGCGGCCGAUCUACUAUCUUGAGAUGAUCCUGGGACAGUUCUCGAGCCGUGGCUGUGUGAAGCUGUACGAUUUGGCACCAGCAAUGCGAGGCAUCGGAGUAGCUCAAACGAUCGCAAUGUUCGUCGUGAUGACUUAUUACGCGCCCGUAUUGGCCAUCACCUUCCGGUACUUUGUGGCGUCCUUUAGUAGCACUUUGCCGUGGAGCGAAUGUGAUCCUUCUUGGGCGAACUGCGUGAAUUCCUCGUUCGUAGGCAAGCUCGAUCCCGGCAACUCAUCCAUCGCACUGCAGUCUUCCGCGGAGCUUUACUUCCUCAAGGAUGUCAUCCAUAAAGCUCCAUCACUCGAAAACGGGCUGGGAAUUCCGGACUGGAAGCUGGCGCUGUGCCUACUGUUCGCGUGGGUUGUCGUGGCCACGAUCCUUGUGAGGGGAGCGAAAAGUACCGGCAAGGCGUCCUAUUUCCUUGCCAUCUUUCCGUACGUGAUCAUCAUAAUUCUGCUCAUCCAAACCGUGAUGCUGGAUGGUGCGAUGGAGGGAAUACUUUACUUCAUCACACCGCAGUGGGACAAGCUACUCAGCAUAGAGGUCUGGUAUGAGGCUGUAACGCAGUGCUUUUUCUCGCUCUCCGUCUGCUACGGAGGCAUUAUCGCAUACUCGUCCUUCAACAACUUCAGCAACAACGUCCACCGUGACGCCGUCAUUAUCUCCUGGCUCGACACAUUCACGUCCAUCAUCGCCGGGUGCAUCGUGUUCGGUGUGAUCGGUAAUUUGGCGUACGUUAGCGGUCAACCGGACAUCCAAAAGCUAGCUCGCGACGGUGCCGGCCUCACGUUUAUGACCUACCCGGACGCGAUCGCCAAAUUCCAGUUCCUACCGCAACUGUUUGCAGCCCUUUUCUUCCUGAUGCUGUUCAUCGUCGGUGUCGGCAGCAAUCUGGGUGUAACGACGAGCAUCAUUACGGCGAUCCGAGACCAGCGGCCCAAUCUCAAGCAUUGGCAAGUCGUACUGGGCACCGUCACCGUUGGGUACUUCUUCGGACUGCUCUACCUAACACCUGGUGGGUUUGAUUUCCUCGAUGUGAUCGACUACUACGGCGCGAAGUACGUAACGCUGACAUUUGCCGUGCUCGAGCUGGCCACGAUCGCCUGGAUUUACGGAGUCGAUCGCAUCUGCCGGGACAUCAAGUUCAUGCUGGGCAUCAACACCUCGUUCUACUGGCGGCUGUGUUGGGGUUUGAUUGCUCCAGCCGCAACACUACUCAUCCUUAUCUUUAGCUUCGCGGACUUUGAGCUGCAAAGCGUACCAAUGGGCUACAAUGUUCUAGGGUUGUUUAUCUACGCCAUUGCCCUUUUGCAACUACCAGGGUGGUACAUUUACGCGGUUUACCAGCGACGCAGCAAGCGGACGGAAUCGCUCCGCAAAGCCGCACGAAACGCACUACAGCCCAUGGACAUCUGGGGGCCGGAAAAUGACUCGGUCCGGAUGCAGUACCAGGCAGAAGAGGAACAGUAUCAAACCAUUUCACCGGUGGCGUCUAGUGCCUUGCAGCGAAUCAAAAAACGAAUGUUCAACAUCGCUUGAAGGCAGAUCAGGCAUUAGCUGGCUACUUCCGUGACAAGUGAUAGCGCCUCUCAACCGAGCUGCCUUACGAGCGAGGUACAUUUUCUCUCCGGGUGAGAAAGUACUGCAACAUUUGUUUAUGCUAAGUAUUGUGU